CCACCAGAACAAAUCGGCAGCGUAGCGAAUAACAAUAGAUACCGAUUGAUCGAAUCGUCGCUGGCCUUGUGCUUCCCGUCUGUUGCCAUUCGUUGAAGCGGUGCAUUGUGUUGUGUUGCAGGCCAUCGAAGCCCAAAAGACAAACAUCCCCCUGUUCCGUCCUUUCCGAUUCGAUCCCGCUCGAUCCCAGCCCAGCCAAGCCCAGCCAAGCCAAGCGCCGCCAUGAGCCCUCCCGGAGAUGGGUCCAACGAGAAGGCAGCCGCAAGCGAGAAGGCAACCGCAACCGCAAACGAAGCCACCACGUCGGGGAGCCUCCGGGACACGGGAGUCUUCGUCGGCGGGCCCGGGAGCCUCCUCCCGGCCGCCCUCGAGUCCUCCCUCUCGUGGGCCCUGGCGGUGGGAUGCCUGGGCGUCGCCCUCUGGCACUCGCUGGCGGACCGGAAGGGGACGCCUAUGCAUCUGCAUCUGCAUAUGCAUAUGCAUCUGCAUCUGCACGCGCACACGCACCGCGGCCUCUUUUCGUGGUUCCGGUCCCGGAUCCGCUCGCUCCGGCGCAGCAGCGGCGCGAGGGGCAUCGUUCGCGGCGGCGGAAGCAGCGGCGCGAGCGGAAGAAGCCAGAGCCCCCCCCCGCUCCUGCCCGCACACGGAGACGACGGAAGCGAACCGGAAGAAGACCAAAGCCGAGACCAAGACCAAGACCAAGACGAAAACGAAAACGAAGACGAAGACGAACUCCAACCAAAAGAACCCCUUCCGCGACAGCCAAAGGAGGAAGAACCACCCACGGCGGGGGACCGCGGCUGCCCCUUUUCCCGGUCGCAUCCGCAUCCGCAACCCGCAGAACAACCAAAACCAAAACCACAACCACAAAACCGAAAACACCAACCACAAACACAAGCACAAGCACAACCACCGGAGCCGCGCCUGAUUCCUCUCACCACCCACAGCCGGAGGGAAUGGUCGACCGUUUCGGAAUCCUACGAAGGCUUUCGAGACCGCUACCUCCAGCUGGUUCGGAUCCUACGGCAGCAGCAGCAGCAGCAGCAGCAACAGCAACAGCAACAGCAACAGCAGCAGCAACAGCAACAGCAACAGCAACAGCAACAGCAACAGCAACAGCAACAGCAGCAGCACCGGCAGGGAAGCAGCACCCAUGGAAGGGAGGCUCCCCCGGAGGAACGGGAAACCGGAGCGGACUCCUCCCACCUCGUCGGCCUGGUCCGGAACCACGACGCCGCCAAGCGGCUGGCCUCCCUGCUGCUGGCCGACGACCCCAUCGACCGCCUCCCGUGCCAAGGCAACGGCCAAGGCAACGGCCAAGGCAACGGCCAAAGCCAUGGCCAAGGCAACGGCCAAGGCAACGGCCAAAGCCACCACCGCUUGGUUUCCAAAAACGCGCAAAAGAAGGAGUGGUGUUUCCGCCUCUGCGCCGAGGACGCGGGGGCAGGGGACCUCCUGCGGACCCUAAAGGGGGCCUGGGAAAGGCUUCUGGAGCUCCCCCCGGAAGACCACGAGGCAGGAGACGGCGGCCAGGACAACGGCAGCGGCGAGAGCAACAAACCUCCGACGCUCUCCGUUGUCGUUCCUGCCUUUCGCGAGGACGGAGCGUUGCUGGCCUCCAAGCUCGGGGCCUCUCUGCGGAAGACCACCCUUUGGUCCUCCACCGGCAACGGCAAUGGCAAUGGCAAUGGCAAUGGCAAUGGCAAUGGCAAUGGCAAUGGCAAUGGCAACAACAGCAGCAUCAAUGGCAAUGCCAACGGCAAUGCCAGUAACCAUGCGCACCCGCGGAACGGAACGGUCCGAAGCAUCGAGGUGGUCGUCGUCCGUGUUGCGGAAGAAGGGGCGGACCACUCUUCCGACACGAAAGCCCACGAGGCCUUCGAAACCGCCCUGCGGGAGGGGCUCGCCGGCCACUGCCACAGCAACAAUAACAACAGCGGCAGCAGGGAACGCCGUGUCGUGCUCCGGGUCCUCCGGUACACCGGCGGCGGGGGCCGGGGGCCCUGCCUCAACUACGGAGCCCGCCACGCCUCCGGAACCGUUCUGGUCUUUCUGCACGCCGACACGAGGCUCGCCACGGAGGGAUGGGACGCCGCGGUGGCAAGGACCCUGCUGCCGGCGAGGCGAUCCGAGAGACCCGGGCAGGACCAACAACAGCAGCAGAAGCAGCAGCAGCAGCAACAACAACAACAACAACCGCCACGGGAAACCGCAAGGGCGAUUUGCUGCGCCUUUUCCUUUGCCAUCGACACCUCGCCGGAGGCCCUGCGCGUGGCAACGCCCGGCGGUGGCAUCAAAACCGAGCGGGACAGCGGCAGCGGAAACGGUUCUUUGCGUUUGCAAUCGCAAUCGCACUCGCACUCGCAAUCGCAUUCGUACUACUACCCACCGGGACUCAGGGCCAUCGAGGUGACCGCCAACCUCCGCACACGGUGGUUCUCUCUCCCCUACGGAGACCAGUGCCUCUGCCUCACGGCCCGUGUCUUUGAGCACGUGGGAGGAUUCCCGGACCAGUGCCUGAUGGAGGACUACGAGCUGGUCCGGUACCUGCGGACGCGGUGCACCGAGAGCCACCGCCGGUCGUUUGCGGCGACGCAAAAAGGAGGGGGGGGACCCUUCGAAGCCACCGAACGCAUCGCCGUGCUCUCCGGGCAUUCCGCCGUCUGCAGCCCGCGGCGGUGGCAGAAGCACGGCGUCCUCUUUGUCACCUACACCAACUCGCGCUGCGUGGGCCGGUACAACGACGGAUCGGUCUCGCCCGGGGAGCUCUUUUGCGAGUACUACGGGACGGAACGCCCCCCGGCCCGUUCCGGUGGGGAGGAGAGCCCCUGGGAAAAGGGGAUACCCCCGCCCACCGGCUUCGCCUAGCCGAAACGGAGGGAGGAGGAACCGGGGGGUGUUGCCCGGUUUCCCGUCCGUUCGACCGUGCUGCCUGCGCACGCUCGGAACGCCGGGAUCGGGAGCGGGGGCAUCGCCGUCGCGUGCUCGGUCGGAUCUGCCACGCACACU